AAUCAUUCCAAAGGCUCCAAGUCCAACCCGGCAGCUAGCUGAGGCACACAACUCAUUGAGGAAAAAACACAAACAAAUGGCCGCUCCACUGCUUCUCAGAGGCUUCCCACUCCUCCGCCUCCGACUCCGACUCGGACUCCAAGACCACCACAGACUCGCCGUCGGACUACUGACUAGUCGGUUGUGGUCAACUGCCUCGGAGUCAGUUCGGCCGGAAGAAAACAUAUCCUCUGUGGGCCAGACCACCGCCGUACUGAGCGCCAAAGACCCACCAAAUUACCCGCGAUGGGACGACCCUGAUUAUCGGAAGUGGAAAGAUAAAGAAGAGGAAAUACUAAAAGAUAUCGAACCCAUCACUCUUCUCACCAAAGAAAUUCUCCACUCUAACAGAUAUAUGGAUGGGGAACGUCUUACAACAGAAGACGAGAAAGCUGUGGUAGAGAAACUUCUUACUUAUCAUCCCCAUUCUGAAGAUAAAAUUGGAUGUGGACUUGAUUCUAUUAUGGUCGAUCGGCAUCCCCAAUUUAGAAAAUCAAGGUGUCUGUUUGUCAUAAGAAGUGAUGGUGGAUGGAUAGACUUCUCCUACCAGAAGUGCCUUCGAGCAUACAUUCGAGAUAAGUAUCCAUCUUAUGCAGAAAGAUUUGUCAAAGAACAUUUUAAACGUGGUAGUGGUUGAUCUCUCCUUAAGACUGACAGUCUCGAUGCUGAUAUUGAAACUUCAACUACGAUUUUGAAAUCAGUGAAGCCAUCUUAUAUUGUUUUGAAUACGUAUAGCCUGAAAUAUCAUGGAUUUUGUUGGCGGGCACUGAACUGGUCCACUGGAUUAAGUAAACCAAGAUUGUCAAUGUAGUUGAUAUUAGUUGGCUGGCACUCCAUGUUUGUUUGUACUGUGGAACAAAAGGAAAAUGAUUUAAGUGAAUACUAUUUUGUUGACUUGCUGUUCUACUUUUGUUGGCUUUACUCUCAGGGAGUAAAUUAUGUUUAGAGGUUUGAAAUGUGUCUACUAGAAUUGAGUUACGAAAUAUGAAUUACCUUUGGGAUUACAAUGUGAACUGCCCCCUAAUUUCAAACCUAAGGAUUAUCAAUUUGGUUGGAAUUUGUUUGAUGCAUUUUGCAUAAAAG